AUGUACAAGUAUGAGCGCUUCCUUCCUCAUGGCAUUGGAGCAGCUGUGGGCAGUAUUUAUGCGCCUGUGACAUUUGGCGGCUCCAAUGUACCGGUAGUGCUCUUGCGCAUGCGGUCAGAAAGCAAGGAAUUUGGAUAUGACGACGACGGCGUCAGUGCUGAGCAGACGCCACAUCUUGUGGGGGCUGGUUCUGUACUCGAUGUUGCGCCGACGCGGAUUAUCGCCAAGCGCAUUGUCUUGUCGGGCCAUCCGUACAAGCUGCACAAGAAGACAGCUACGAUCCGAUUUAUGUUCUUCAAUGCUGAUGAUGUGCGUUACUUUGCGCCAAUCACUCUACGGACCAAGUAUGGACGCACUGGCCAUAUCAGAGAGAGCCUGGGAACGCAUGGCUACUUUAAAGCGCACUUCGACGGUCCUCUUUCUCAAAUGGGUACGUGGAUUGCUUAUAGAAUGCAACUGUAUGCUGACGAGUACCACAGAUACAGUGCUUAUGAGCCUAUACAAGGUAUGUGUGGAAUGGCAGGAUGUGUGUGUGUGUGUGCUUACCGGCAGCGUGUAUACCCACGAUGGACAUCGUUGUUUACAGGCAGCCGCGACGGUAUGCCUCUCGUGUCUCCAUAG